AUGGUGAUAGACAUGACAAGAAUUUGUUCACAAAACGAUGACGAUGAUGAAUUAACGAAUAUCGUUAACGUUCAUGAUCCAUUCUUUCUCUGGGGUUUGCUCGAACACUCCGAUCGUACACUAAUUCGGGCGUAUGAUACACUAUCCGAACCAGAUCGAAGCCGACUGUAUUGGUCGUGCCAUUACUACAAACGCAAAGCAGUGUGCGAGUAUGUGUUAAACAACUGUAAAUUAGUUCGAACAGCUGAUGAAGCAAUAAGAAAACUCUCUAAAAUGACAGCAGCGGCGGGCAAAGACGAACCUGACCUAAAACAAAUACCAGUACCAUUUAUGUUGCCAACAUCACCGGAUUUCAUCGUUAAGGAGUUACGCGAUGGAUCAUUCGUCUCAUCGAAAGGUAAACCAUUGAAAUUUACCGUUGUCAGUGAAGACGGUCAAACAAAAACAUGCAUUUAUAAACAUGGCGAUGAAUUAUUACAAGAUGCUUUGUGUGUCAGUGUAAUGAAGGAGAUGAAUAGCAUAUUCGAAGAAGAAAGUAUUGAUGCCGAAGUUGUUCUUUAUGAAGUUCUUCCAGUUGAUAAAACCGAAGGUUUAAUUGAAUGUGUGGAAAAUGCUCAUCCAUUUCUCGAGUUCAAAGUCGCGGAUGAAAAUCGUAACUCGCAAUCGACGGAUACACUGAAAACCUUUAUCGAACAGUCACCAGAAAGAAAAGAAAAUCUGCAUCGAACAUUUCUUGGUUUUGUUGUCUCAGGAAUCGUUUUAGAACUCGUCGAUCGGCAUGAUGAUAACAUCAUGAUUACCGACGAAGGUAAGAUCCUUCACAUUGAUUUCGGUUGUGCAUUUGGUCAGAAGACGAAACUCGAACGAUUAUUCGGUCUCUUCAUGGAUAUUCCAAGUUCUCCAUUUAGCGAAGAUGUUUUCAUUGCAAUUAUUGGUCAAGAGAAUGACAACGAAGUGAUUACAAAACUCUGGAAUACGAUGAAGGAUCGUAUGUGGUCGUGUUUCAACGCUAUUCGUUUGCAUAAAAACCGUUUCAAGCCGAUCGGUGAAGAUAAAUACAAACACUUCUACGAACAUCUCAUGAUCGACAAGAAGGAUGACGAUGCUCGACAAGCAUUGGAUACCGAAUUAGAAAAGUGUUACAAUAAUCGAUUUAACGCAGCUCGAGCGUUUUAUUAUAAAAUUCAGCAAAAUAUUGUCAGUUAA